GCCUCAGCUCUUACAUCUGUCCGCAUUAUACGAUCUUAUAAAUACAAAAUCCCAUUGUAUGUGGUCUGCCUACUAGUCGCAAUGUCAAUUAAAGAUGCUCCACAGUUUUAUCCUAAUUCACUUAGCCCUGUGCAAGUUGACACGGGCACUCUUGAAGCUGUAUUGAAACAGCUUCAAGAAGCUGUCAACCAUGGAGCUCGGCUUAUAGAGACAGAAUGUCCUCCCCUCGAAGCUUGGGGAAAGCCUCACAAUACUGGUUUCUAUGCUGGAUUACCAGGGGUCGCUCUGGCCUUCCUGCGUCUAGAUCACCAAGCAAAGUCACUUGGGGACAGCCAUCUGAAUUUUCACCAGCUUGCCAUUGAGCGGAUUCCUUCGGAAGGCCCAGAUGUGCCAAUUUUGCAUGAGAGAGUGUCCCCAUUCGGCUCUUCCAGCGCUUUGGCGGUCCCUAUCUUGCGCAUCCUUGCCUCAAAAUCAUCAGAUACGACUGUUUCCAAUGAUGAUGUAGAAUGCAUCCAAGAAGUGGUGCAGACGGCUCUGAGCAACAGCCACAUGGUAUCACACGGUAGUUCACUGAUGGGGUCCGAUGAAGUCCUUUUCGGCCGCGCUGGCUUGUUGUGGGCGUUGCUCAAUCUUCGAUUACGCAGCUACGAUGAUGAGACUGCGAAAGCCUUGGGGCCUGUUUUUGAGCAGAUACCGCGACUAGUUGACAUGAUCAUUGCUGGCGGGAUCCGAGGUCACAAGGACUUCGCUCUCAACCAUGGAGAUGAAGAUGCCUUGCCGCUGAUGUGGCAUUGGAAGGAAGAUCGUUACAGCCUUGGAGCAGUACACGGCAUAGCCGGUAUACUUGUCAGCCUCAUUGCCUGCAAGCCUGAGGAGCUUAGCAACGGCACAGAGCGCAAUUAUCUGCCCCUGAUAGCUGAAACAAUCACGGGCCUCUGCAAUAUAUGUAUCGCUAAUAACGGCCAUUUGCCUACGAGUCUACCUCCACAUGGUUCGUCGCGUCGUUCUAGCCCUCUUGUUCAGAUCUGUCAUGGCAGCCCCGGAAUCCUGAACCUCCUGGCUUGCGCUAGGAGAAACGGCCCACUUGUUUCUGAUUUUUGGCAGCCAGAGUGGGACAAGGCCAUCUACCUGGCAAGCGAGCGGGUCUGGGAGGAAGGGAUCCUCUCCAAGGGUGGUGGCAUAUGCCAUGGAAUUGCCGGUAAUGCAAUGUCUUUACUGCUCCUCCAUGACAGUUUUCAAUAUGAUGAGGAUACCAUGGAGACAGCAAGACGUAACUAUUUUUCGCGAAUGGGGAGCCUCGACUCGGCUCCUGAUACAAGCGAAUUAUCGGGCGACUACUUCCUUGCAAGAGCACUUGCAUUACUGCUACACGCGCGAGAAACGCCUCCUUACAAUAAUUCAAACCAAGGAUCGCCCUUGUACUGGAUGCCGGAUCGCCCGUAUUCUCUAGCAGAAGGCCUCUCAGGUACUGUCUGCGCGUGGGCAAAUGCCUGCGUGGUCAUCCAAUCGAGACUACGGAGUAUGCAGCUACAGCAGCGCAUGUGCUCCCUCGCUGCGGAUGUCAAAUUUCAAGACUAUGAAUCCCUGAAGCUGGCAAUACCAAUUCUCGCCUACCACCAGCCUACUGGUUUACUCUGA